AUGUCCAGGAAUGUUGAGGAUUGUGUGGAAAAGGCACUCUGCCACAUUCUUUUCGGUGUGCAUCACAUCAAUAUUGUAAGGAAGUUUGAGGUCCUUGAAAUAGGGAAGCUGCGAGAAGAGGGUAAUCAGCAGCAAGUAGCAAGCGGCGGCAGCAGCAAGCAUCAGCGGCAGCGGCGGCAGCAAGCAACAAGCGGCAGCGGUAGCAGCAAAGCAGCAGCAAGGGGCUCACCGGCGAAGCAGAGGCAGGGCGGGGCGGCGACGAGGUCGGGGCGAAGAAGGGCGGCGAUGGGCGGGGCAGUGGCGUCGGCCGCCGGCGCAGUCGGGGAUGGGGCGGCCGCAGCCGGGGAUGGGGCCGCCGGGGACGGGGCGGCCGAGGAUGGGGACGGGCCGGCCCGGCGGCGUCGACGGCGGUCUUGGGGCGGCGCGGGCAGUGGGGGCGGUGCGGGGGUGGUGGGGGAGGGGAUGGGGGCGGCGCGGGCAGUGGGGGCGGCGUAG